AUGUAUAUGGUUGUCAUUGUAAAUAAGAAGUCUAAUUUGUUGCACAAGGGUGAAUUCAACUGUCUUUCUCAGCUGACUGGCCUGGUUUUGUGUUUCAGUCUGGAAGAGGACUUUGUUUCAUGGAGAGAGCAGUUCUGGCCGGCCGUCUGUGAGCACUUUGGAGUUGAAGCCUUAGGAGAUGAAUCAAGCAUACGGCAGUACGAGCUUAAGGAGCACACAGACCUCAACAUGAACAAAGUGUUCACAGGAGAGAUUGGCCGCCUGAAGAGUUUUGAGGUCCAAAAGCCGCCCUUUGAUUCAAAAAACCCUUUCCUGGCCCCGGUCACUGUCAACCGCAGACUCAACAAAGCUGGUGAUAGACAUCUUAUGCACCUUGAACUAGACAUAACCGGCUCCAAGAUCAGAUAUGAGUCAGGAGACCACGUUGCUGUGUUCCCCACAAAUGACUCUGCUUUGGUGAACAAGCUGGGACAAAUCCUUGGAGUGGACCUUGAUGUUGUUAUCUCUCUCAACAACCUUGAUGAGGAGUCCAACAAGAAGCACCCUUUCCCCUGCCCCACCACCUACCGCACGGCCCUCACUCACUACCUGGACAUCACGCACCCUCCUCGUACCAACGUCCUCUAUGAGCUGGCACAGUACGCCUCUGACCCCAAAGACCAGGAAAAUAUGCGCAAGAUGGCCUCUUCCUCACCUGAGGGCAAGGCACUCUACCAGAACUGGGUGUUGGAUGCCAGUAGAAACAUCCUCGCCAUGCUGGAGGAUAUGCCUUCUUUGAGGCCUCCCAUUGACCACCUGUGUGAGCUGCUGCCUCGUCUCCAGGCUCGCUAUUAUUCCAUCGCCUCAUCCUCUAAGGUUCACCCUAACAGCAUCCACAUCUGCGCCGUGGUGGUGGAGUACAACACCAAGACCGGCCGCGUUAACAAGGGAGUCGCCACCAACUGGUUGAAGAACAAAUUGGUUACUGACAACGGCCACAAGUCCACCGUUCCCAUGUACAUCCGCAAGUCUCAGUUCCGCCUGCCCUUCAAAGCCACCAACCCUGUCAUCAUGAUCGGCCCUGGGACUGGAAUCGCUCCCUUCAUGGGCUUCAUCCAAGAGAGGGGAUGGCUCAAACAGCAAGGAAAGGAGGUCGGAGAGACGGUGAUGUUUUUCGGCUGUAGAUAUAAGAACGAGGAUUAUAUCUACCAGGAGGAGCUUGAGGAAGCAGAGAAGAAUGGAGUUCUAACACAGCUCCAUGUUGCCUUCUCCAGAGACCAGGAGCAGAAGGUGUACGUGCAGCAUCUCCUGAAGAAAAAUAAGGAGGCCAUGUGGAAGCUGAUUAACUCUGAAAAUGCUCAUAUCUACGUCUGCGGGGAUGCAAGGAACAUGGCUAAGGAUGUGCAGACGGCCUUCUACGAGAUUGCAGAAGAGCUGGGAGGCAUGACGCGCACCCAGGCCACAGAUUACAUCAAGAAACUGAUGACCAAGGGACGCUACUCACAAGAUGUCUGGAGUUAAAGAGCCACAGACUCCACCGCGGUCUCACUACUACUAAAUAGUGGUGGUUUUAAAAUUUUCUAUUUUUACCGCACUGUUUUAUCAGGACUGAAUAUAAAACAUUUUAAACUCUUGUCUAUCACUCUGGUUCAUGAGAGCUACAGGUAGCAGAAGAUCUUGAGGCAAACCCUACCUCAGCAGGUUUUCUUUAAUAAACCCAUUCAGCUUUCUCAGUCUGUAUUUCCUAUGAAUACUAUGUUAUGUAUCUGGACCACCAGUCUGUGUCUGCUGGGGUCCUCACUUGAGCUGUGGUCUCAGCCCAAACAACAGUUACCCCGUUUGCUUUCCAGAGGCUGUUAGAGUCUGCUAUAAAUGAUUAAGUUGUGUAAUUGGGUGUUUUGACUGCCACUCGAGCUGCUCCAGGAUUAGAAGUGGGAACCCGUUGGCUUGAAAGUCCUCAGUCAACCAAUCAUGAAAGCUUACUUUGCAAAUGCAGCAAAGACUCAUCUUCCUUUCAUAUUUAAUUUUGAUUAGAUGCUUUUUUUUAUAUGAAUGAGUCAAUCAGUUUGACUGCAGCUUUAUAAACUGAUUAUGACUGAAUAAAAUAUCUGUGGAAAGGGAUUCACCGGCCCAACCUCUGGAUGUACAUUUAUAUAAUUCCAAGGUGAACGUGAUUUUAGAAAGCUCUGUCAGUUUGCCGUCUUGAGAUGUUUGUAACUUUCAUUUAAUUAAUCAACAGAUUGUAGAUGUGUUUGUGUUGCCAUACGGAGAAGCUUAAGACAUGAAGUUGUGCUGACUGUAGUUUCUCUCAGAGCUGAUCUGGUGGUACUUUUGAAAAGUACUUAAAAUACAUGAUGUUUUAGAAAACAUAACAUCACAGCACUUCUGAGAGGGGAAAAUGUUUUGAUGCGACAAACUGGCAUCAUUGGUACAAUUUUUGUUUACCUUUGUAUUUUGACAUGGGAUUUCGGCUGUUAUGCAUACAUUGCUGUUCAUUUUAAUCAGUAACAGUAACCAAAAAGUGAUGCAAAUGGGAGUAUGUGGAGAACACAAGAGUAUGUGCAUUUUAUUUCCAGAAACGCCUGUCUUUAAACAUGAUGAAAAUGAAACCAUGUCAUAUUUGAAACCAAGGUCUGGCCUCCCAAAUGAUGGUUGUUUAUUUUAUAUACAUCUGACAGCAGAGGAUUAUGAAAUGGAUUUGUCAUGUGGCAGUAAGACUCGGAAAUGCGACACCCACCUAUUUGAUUUUUUUAAUCUGUAUAUUAUUUUUUUUUUCUGUUUUUGUCCAAUCACAUAUGCACCACUACAAGGAGAAGGUGACCGGAUAUAUCAAAACAUUUUAGGUGUCUCCCGGCAUCUGUGCUCAUCCCUGUACUUUUGUGUGAAUAUGAGGAGUUUGAGGAGGUCAGCCGACCAGUUAAAGUGCUGCCUGUGCCUUUUUAACACUGCCUUAUGUAUUAAGUUGGCAUUAAAACCCUGAUGCUUCA